AUGAAAUAUUUUAGGAAAUAAUUGUUAAUAAUCAUUAGUCUAAUCAAUCCUUCCUUUUUGUUAUAUCAAAAUCUGCUGCUAUCCAUGAAUAUUACACUCAUACUACUAAAUCAAUACUUGAAGCAUCACAACUAUUACAAUAUCUAGAGACUGGAACAAACUUUGACCUAUCUAUAAUGGUUGGCUAUCUAUUCUCAAUUAUCCUUGGAUUGCUUUUAAUAAUAAAUAUGUGCACAAAUCAUAAUAUUGACAGAUGCAGAUAAAAUAUUCAAAAUUAUUGUGGGGGUUGGUUCAUCAAUUAAUUCUAUUUUGCAGCCAAAUAUAUUUAGGUUCUACUUUACAAUUCCAUAUAUGAUUAUAGUUGUGAGUGUAAUCCUGUAUGAUAACAGAACAAAGGAAGUCAAGGAGAAAAAAGAAUCCAUUCAGAAUUAACAGACGAAUCUCAUUACUUUCAAAUAGAAGUCAAUUUAAUUUGAUAAACAAGCAUCUCAACGAUAGAUUCAAGAAAACAUCCUCCGUUCUCCAGAUGGAGAUUAUCCUGAUAUUCAGAAUAGCCCCAUUAUUAUGGAUUUGUAAUGUAAUGAAGAGGAUGAUGUCCUUGCUUAAAUGGCUUGGAUUCACAAUUAAUCAAUUUUGGUUUACAAUCAAAACUUUGAAAUAGUUUAUCAGAACUUUUUUCUUGGAAAACUCAAUAAAAAUCAAAAUAAAGGAUUACAAAUAGAUUAUGAAUCCAUCUUCUUGGAAUCCAUAAUCGAAAUAGGAAGUCGAGAAGUGAAUGAUCUCUUCGGAAAUUCUGAAAUUGAUUUGGAUUAAGAAAAUUCCUUGUUCCUGGAUAGUACAGUUCAUAGUAGAUAUAAGAUAAAGGGAGGAUUGCAUAAGAUUAGACAAAUGAUAGGGCAAUUAUAUAACAAUUAUUCUAAAUGGAAAUUCUUUACAUUCACUCUCUUCAAGAUCAAGAAUGAAGAAUUAGAUUUCGAUAAUUUGAACAUCAGAGUAUUAGUGACCGAAGUCAAAUUGAAACUUUACACUCUCUUCAUGUUCGAACCUAUCCAGAAGACCACUUCCAAAAGGGUCUUAGAUGAACCACUUCAAUUUCAGAAUGUAUUCUAAACCUUUUUAUCUGAAUCCAACAAUUAUAUCAAUGCGAUUCAUUUGUUGAUUCUUCUGUGUUCUCACGACAUAGAGAAGAAUAAUGGAAAAGUCUAAAAAGAUUACCUCAAGUAAAUGCGUAUGAGCACUUAGAAAUUCAUGAUGUUCCUAGGGACAAUGAAGGAUCUGACUCUAUAAUUGACAAACUAGCUUACAUUUCGUAAUUCAACAUUUAAAAUAACUGAUAUUUUAGAUGAAUUGCAGCUAAUUUAUGAUGAUUGUUUAAAGAUAAAGGAGAUCUCUAUCAUCCCAAUCAUUGACUAAGAAAUGCUUGUAUAUAAUGAUUCUGAGAGAACUAAAUAAGUUCUUAAGUGUCUAUUUGAAAUUGCUAUUAAGUACACAGUCACUCAAAAAAUUAGAAUCGACAUUCAUUAAGUUUCACCAAACAACUAUUAAUUUUAAAUUAAGGAUAUUCCAUUUAGAGAUGAAAUUUCUUAAUUAGGUUAUUCAACUGUUUUGAAGAACACAGCUCAAUUGAUGAAGACAAACUGUAAAGAUUUCGAUAUGAGCAAUCUCUUGGAAUUGUAGGUUUCGGCUAUGAUAGCAUUUUUAUUAUCUGGGUCACUGCGAAAACCAUUAGAAUUAACUUUUGAUAAUCAUAUGUCUGGGACAUUUACUUUUACAGUUGAAUCCCUUUCAAUAAACAGUAAAUAAGCAUACUAUGCUCAAUAGAUGAAACCUAAAAGACCAUUUGAAACAUCUUUAUCUAUGCUCUUAGCCUAAGCUUAAGAUAGCUCUCAUUAUAAAAAUGAAGAAUCCAAAUAUAUGUCCUUUACUUAAAUUUCCAAAUAAUACUCAUUAAAACCUGACACUCCCUUUGAUCUAUAAAGUGCUCACUUUUCACAAAUAUCAAAAAUCAAAUAAGAAUCACCCUAAAUAAAACCAUUGGGAUCUCAACACCAAAGCAAUUCAGGUGGAACCAAUAAGUUCCAAGAUUCUUUAUUUCCUAAAAGCUUAAAUAACAAUCCCUCUCGAGUUAUAAAAAGUGAUUCAGGGGUUAAUAUUUCAUCUAAACCUCCAACCAGCACUUUGGAUUUUGGAGACAGUACUAAUCCCAAUCUUGACCCUCCUGAGUUAAGUCCGAAAUUCUUGCAUGCUGUAAUAAAGUUUAAGCUUACGAAUCAGUGUUGCUCAAAAGUUAUUAUUGCUGAUAAUGAUUACCUUAACGUCUAGGUUCUGUAGAUAUUAUUAAAUAAAUACGAAGUCAAAUCGGAUAAGGCAUUCACUCAACAAUAAACUCUAUAACUUAUACGAAACAAAUAAGAAAAUCCGUGCAGAUGUAAAAAUGGAGCGUACUUGCUAUACUUCAUAGAUGCCUAUUUACCUCAAUCAGGAGUGGAAUUGAUCAAAGAAAUCAAGGGGCUAUUUCGAACUCAGGAAGUUGAUAGAGGUUUCAUCAUUGCCAUGGCUAGUUAUAGCGACAUGGAACUUAAAUUAAAUUGUUUUAAUUCAGGAAUCGAUUAUUUUAUAGCCAAGCCUUUUGAUUUGUUUGAAUUAUCCGCUAUCCUCCAAUAUAUAUAAUUUUGA